GCCGGUGGUCGGUGGAUGGCGCUGUCUGCGGCGACGACAUGGAAGACGGCGUCCGCAGGAGAAAGCCGGGGGCGGAUGAGGUACUGGGGCGGCUCGUGCUGCUGCAGUCGCUGGAGAGCGAACGUGGCCGGCUGGAGCUACGUCAGCUGCACCGCACCAGGUCGCGCCUGCGCGCCUCCUCCUCGGCGUCCAUCAUCCUGUGCGCCUUCGCCAUGCAGUCAAUGGUGGAGCUGCAGGUGAAUGUGCCGACGCGCUGCCCGGCCUGGCUGUUCACCAUGUUCGCGGUGUGCACCGUGGCACUGGUGGCGGUGCAUACGGCUACUCUCGUCAUCUCCACCUUCCUGAUGCCUGACCUGCACGUGCCCCACCACCACAUCACCCACCCACUUGUGGUGCGCCUUCUGACGCCCGCGCUGCGUCGGCUCAUAGAGAUUGCCUGGGGCUGCUCCUCCGUCGCUGGACUCUUCCUCUUCAUGGUGGAGAUUGUUUUGCUGAACUGGGUGAAAUUCUGGGACUACACACUAAUAGCAUGCUGGGCUGGUACAAUUGCUAUGACGCCAUUCAUGAUAGCCUUUGUUGGUUUUUGUAUCUACUUCCAUCGGACGUUUCUGGAACAUGGUUAUCAGUUUCAUCAAGAACAGAUUGUCGCCAUCCAUAAGCAGUAUGAAAAAAUGUUGUGUGAAGUAUGAAAGGACAAAAAAGAAAGUGUUAAAUUAUUUAUUGCUGUUAUUAGUCUAACAGGACUGUUGUACUAAUAAUAGUGAAAUCUGUAAAUACUGAUCAAUAGCAUUAAGUACUCUCUACAUAAAUAUGUGUAGUAACCACAUUCCACGAGCAGAAAAACUAGUGAUGGCCUCAGAAGAACAUGAACAGGGAUCAGGAUAUAUCUUGCAGGUCUGAAAACACAGAGUUACUUGCAAUGUAGAUAUAGACUGUUUUCACACAAAUAUUUAUUGUAAUCUUUGUUUCCAUCAGAUGCUAAUAAGUUUGUAUCAACUCUAGUUUAGUGUAAGAGUAAAAAGAAAUUGGCUGCUCUCGUAUAAAUCAUUCCGUAAGUACACUUCAGGACUAUGAUAAGGCACAACAAUAAAUUACAUGGAAAAAUGUUUUAUGGUAUGACUGCAAUUACAACAAGUGGAAGGAUUUACAUGCUGAGAAAAUUAGGUAAAGAGCUAGCAUUAGUGUAAUAUCUCAAUAAGGAACUUGAAAUAUUUAGCACUGGAGAGAAGCUUGUAGCAGAAGUAUGGCUUAGGUUUAAAAGAUUAGUUGAUCAUGCACUAAAUAGAAUAGAAUAAUUCUUGAUGGUGGUGGGACUCUCUGUGGUAUACAGUUACUGUAAAGGUACUUCUAAACAAACAGAGGCUACUGUAUAAUAUGUAUAAAACAAAGCGAAGAACUAUAGACAGGAAGAUGCUGAAUGAAAUGUGUUUGGCAGUCAAGAGGGCAAUGCAUGAAGUCUUCAAUGAGUACUGCAGCAGAAUAUUAUUGAGAGGUCUCUCACAAAAACCAAAGAAAUUCUGUCCAUAUGUAAAGGCCAUUGCAGUUCCUAAGUUGGUGGCCUGACAUUCAUGAUUGAGACAAGGACUGAAAUACAG